UUGAUUUAUGAAUGAGUUGUUUACAUGAGCCCAUCAGUAAGAAUUAUGAAUUUGUGAUGAGCCCAUAGUGAGCCCAAAUAUGUUUGAGUUAAACCCUGGCAACAAGAAAUGAAUCUGAAAACCCUCCUUGGCUUCAACUCCAAAUCUCAACGCACUCCAUUUUCCGUUCAAUCAAAUGUCCAAGUGGUGGCGCGCCGCCGCUCAGAUACCGGCAGGCCGCUCCUAUCACACGAUUCAAGCCGUUCCGAGAGAACUCUCCGGCCACCGUAUCUCCGCCCGCGAACGUGCUCAGGGCCGCAUCCCCGCCGUCGUUUUCUCCCAAAACUACGUCCAGAAAAACCCUAGCGAUCCGACGUCCGUCGUCGCCUCCAGCUCCGUCUCCCAGAAACUGCUACUAACCACCGAGCGCAAGCAGAUUAAGGCCAUUCUCAAGGACAUUGAGCUUCCCUUCUUCUGCUCCACUGCUUUCCCUCUCCAGAUCCGCGCCGGUUCAGGUUCUUCCACCAUACUUCAGAAUGGAAAGGUUCUUCCCAUCAAGAUACAUAGGGAUGAUGAUGGAAACAUAUUGAAUUUGGUGUUUGCAUGGGCGGAGGAUGGUUCAGAGCUUAAGGUGGAGGUUCCAAUUGUUUAUACAGGAGAGGAUGCUUGUCCCGGUCUCAAGAAAGGUGGUACUUUACAUAAGAUAAGGAAAUCCUUGAAGUACCUUUGCCCAUCCGAACACAUUCCUCAAAAGAUUGAAGUUGAUGUGAGCAAUCUGGAUAUCGAGGACAGAGUGUCUAUAAAUGACCCGGUGGUUCAUCCAAGCCUGAAGCUGCUGAGUAAGAACGAGUCCAUACCUAUUUGUAAGAUCAAGGCAACAAACAUAGAAUACACAAAAGAGACAUAAGCACAAACAGAAUUGCUGUUUAGGAACGUGUACAACUUCUCGGAGCCCAGUUGACUGGUGUUUGUUGAGGCUGGCAUGCGCUAUUUUUCUUUGACAAGCUUGACAAAGACAACAUUUCAGGUACCGGUUUCAUGAGUCGUCCCGUGUAAUAAGAUAUGUGAAAUUCAUUUGUGAUUCGAAGUCAGUGGUCUCUCUAUGCCAAGGAGUUUAGUCAACUUUAGUGCUGUUGCUUUCGACCUCAUUUUUCUCAUAUUCCACAAAGAUGUGUGUGGUCUUGAUCUCAACUUUCCUGGCAUGCGGAGAAAGUGUUUUUGGCUCUAAUCAAAAUAUUGGCAAAUCUGUGUAACAUAAUGAUGAAUCUACCUGGAAAUGCAGUCAUGCUCAAGAAUGAAAUCUCUCAGUUUAGGGCUU